UCUAACAAGGCAACAAACCAGCGAAUUAGUUUGAACUAGUGCUAUCUCGAAAGCAGUGCAAUUCAUCGACUAUGGCCCGAACAAAGCAAACUGCCAGAAAAUCCACCGGUGGUAAAGCACCUCGAAAGCAGUUGGCAACGAAAGCAGCGAGGAAGAGUGCCCCAGCUACCGGCGGAGUGAAAAAACCUCACAGAUACCGACCCGGUACCGUAGCUCUCAGGGAAAUCCGAAGAUACCAAAAGUCAACUGAGCUCCUCAUCAGAAAACUACCGUUUCAGCGAUUGGUACGCGAAAUCGCGCAAGACUUUAAGACCGACUUGCGCUUUCAAAGCACCGCCGUCAUGGCCCUUCAGGAGGCGUCCGAAGCCUACUUAGUCGGCCUCUUCGAAGACACCAACCUGUGCGCCAUCCACGCAAAGCGUGUCACCAUUAUGCCCAAGGACAUUCAGUUGGCGAGAAGAAUCAGAGGAGAGCGAGCUUAAGAACUUCCUUAUUCACAAAAACGGCUAUUUUCAUAGCCACAAA